GGGUUUUUUCACCGAUAUUCUUCCUCACGUGAUGGACAGCUGACAAAAUGCCUGCCAUCGCAAGUUUAAGCUAUGUUUUUCUCUUGUCAGUAUUGGCUCAGAACAUCUUGGGUUACGAAUUAAUGAACCUUGUGAAGGAAUUCUACAUUAAAGAUCAGGUUUCAUGCCGUAGUGUUGGCGGUAAAUGUCAGAAUGCAACAGGACAGUGUCACGGUUCUUAUAUCUCUUCCAACUGUGACGGGGUCGCUGGACUAAAAUGCUGCUCUCCAAAAACUCAAGUUCAAGACACUGGUGAUUGUCCUGGCCUUCCAAUUUUGUCACGUGACACAUGGGGAGCGGCUAUUCCAAAAGCCAUUGAGAAAUUGGCGUUACCUGUGAACAUGUUCUUCAUUCAUCACACGGAAAUGGAGCAUUGUGACAACACAGAGUCGUGUUCCUCCUCGAUGAGAAUCAUUCAAAGGUUUCAUAUGAAGGACAGAGGUUGGAAUGAUAUCGCGUAUAGCUUUUUGAUCGGCGGCGAUGGUCAAGUGUACGAAGGGCGUGGCUGGGACCGUGUAGGGUCACAUACGUACCGCUAUGAUUAUGUGUCCUUGGCUGUAGCUUUCAUUGGAGAUUUCAAUGACACAAUGCCAGGGUCCAUCGCUUUGAGUGCAUCACAAAACCUUCUGACGUGUGGUGUUCACAGGAAUGCGAUCAAAACAUCGUACAGUUUGUAUGGUCAUCGUGACGUCAGAGGUACAUCAUGUCCCGGUUACACGCUGUAUAAUGCGAUCCGGAAGUGGGAACACUACAAUGUUACUACAGAUAAAGAUGGACCUUGUUUGGAGAAAGGUGGCCUAUGCGGACCGACUUAUCUCCCCUGCAAAGGCACGUAUCAUAAGGGUCAAUGCAAUGGCUACUCUGAGAGACAGUGUUGUAUUCCCAACCAAAAAGCAAAAGUAAAAAAAUUACCAAUGUCUUCACCAACUCUGAUAGGAGGCGUCAAUUGCUAUGGAGAUUUUAUGCUUUUACGUCCGACCGGAAGAAAAUCAGGAGGAGUACAGGAAUCUCGGAGGGACGUGGACUAUCAUUUUAGUCUUGCAAAUGAAUUUCACAGCUGUUUUGUGCAAGUUGGAAAUGAAGUUUGUACGUUUUUGUUUUACUCCAUGGCUUACAGAUCUUUGACACAGAUAGAAAAAAGAAUGGAAAAAGAAAGAAAGGACAGAAAAAACCACAAUACUGAAUUCACUAUAAGUCUACAUCCAGCUGUUAUAGCUGGUGUUGCCAGCCGAGAAUCAAACUUUGGAUACUCCCUGACGCCAGACGGAUGGGGAGACCACCACCACGCCUAUGGCAUGAUGCAGUGCGAUGUUCAAAUGUGCCCUGUGUGUCGGUACGGAUUAUCUUGUACCAAAUACAGAUUUGACAGCUGUGACCACAUCCGAAUGAUGUCUAGAUAUGUCCUUGUGCCCUAUAUCCAGGCUGUCAAGGCCAAGUUUCCAACAUGGCUACCACAACAACACAUCCAAGGAGGCGUGGCCGCUUACAACUUUGGGGUUGAUAAUGUCAGGUCGUGGGCAAACCUUGAUGUAGGGACAACAGGCGGAGAUUACAGUAAUGACGCCAUCGCUCGUGCGCAAUGGCUUGUCACUAGAUAUAAAUGGUAGAAGAUUUUAGUGUAGCUUGUGAAGAAUGAAUAAGGAAAUUUGUGCGUAUGAGUGUCUGGAAUGACAUUGUAUUUAUAUUGAUUAUAUAUUACUUCAUGUAUAUUUCUUCUCAGCAGUACUUGAACAAAGAACAUUUCAAUCUAUGAACAUGUACGUAUAACAUAAUGAAAGGUGAAGAUAACAAACAGUGAUCAAUCUCAUAACUCCUUCAAGCAAUACAAAAUAGUUAUGGACACAUUACACCAGAGGUGGGGUCAGGUGCCUGGGAGGAGUAAGCAUCCCCUGUCGACCGGUCACACCCGCCGUGAGCCCCAUAUCCAAUAGGAUUAGAAAGCAGGUAGAGCCUAUACUAUAUAAGCCUUCUCCUGCAUUCAGUAUCAAUGACAAUAGUAUUUACACGCAUGAAAAGGGAACAUUUGUUUGAUUACAAUUCCUGUAAUUAAUAUUAUCGAAUAUGAAAUUAAUGAACAGGGUAAAUGUUUAAGGGAUUUAUUAGUGUAUUGUGACGUCAUAAUUGCUGGGAUGUGUUUUUUUCCUUUCUUUCAAACUAAGCAAUUAUCAACAACAACAAAACGUAUAAAGGUAUUAGAAAGCUUGUCUGAAUUUUAAAAACCGUUUGUGGUACUCUCCAAACAAUUUAUUUAUUUUAUCUACGGGGUUGUCGAUGAUACCACAGCGAAGGCGACAUUUUUUUCAGAAGAACAAUGGGUAAUCGCCAUAAUUUUUUCAGCUGAUGAAGAACAAAUUUAUGACGUUACUCAAAUAUGUAAUCACUGGAGCGAGUUCGUCGCGACGCAAGCUUUGACCGCAAUAUAUAAUGAUUGUUCAAUAUAUUUAAAAUAUAAUUCAAAUUACUUACUUGGAACACAACCCAACAUCCUUUGUUCGUAGUGAAGAAGGUUAACAUCCAUUAGAAACUAAGAUUCACCCAAACUCUUGUAUCUAAGGAAUAAAGGAAACCUCCUCUAUUGACCUUGACCUUUACAAUUAACCUUGAAUCCAGUAGGAUCUUUAUACAAGCUGUGUGCAUGCAAGUGUGAUAUAUCUUGUACAUAACGUUCAACACACCAUCGUGCUCACAAACAUAAGAACUGACAGGCAAGAGUUUCUUUAUGUAACAAAACAUGCUGCUUAAUUGAGAGAGAGAGUUUUAUUACAUGUACAUCUAUUUACUACUGAUUUCAAUAAAUGAUUUAUAUGAA